UCACAUGCUGGGCUUGGGGGGAGCAAGGAAGCAACCUGUUCGGCAAUCCACGGCAUAGAAAAGCAACACGGAACUCGCCCGAUCCGUACCCUCCGUCCUGAAGCCGUUAAACCCAGUUGACCGCACAGGCAAGAUGCUUCCCAAUCGAUCGACGUAUCCCUAGACCGGCCUGAAACCUCGUGGCUUCUUCCCUUUCUCCGUUCCUCAUAGCCGAACCCUCCAUCUCCCUUUUAAUCGAAUUGUGUCCGUCCCCUCAAUCGAAGCAGUAGCAGAAGCAUAUUGUCUGUGCAUCACUAUCUCUUGAUACCCUUCUAGACCCCAUCAUGGCGUCCAACGUUUCGAUCCGGAGCUGCAGCAGAGCCCUGAGGGCCGCCAAAUUCCGACCCGCAACAAUCUCGUAUGUAGCCAAGCGGAACGCCUCGACGAGCUCGCAGAAAGACCUGAAGGAGACGCUGAAGGAGGUCAUUCCAGCGAAGCGCGAGCAGCUCAAGCAGCUGAAGGCCGUGCACGGUCAGAAGGUUCUGGGCGAGAUCACAGUCGAGAAUGCCAUCGGGGGCAUGCGUGGGUUGAAGGGAAUGCUCUGGGAGGGAUCGGUCCUCGACGCCAACGAGGGCAUCCGCUUCCACGGAAAAACCAUCAAGGAUUGCCAGGAGGUUCUGCCGAAGGGGCUCUCGGGACAGGAGAUGCUGCCCGAGGGAAUGUUCUGGCUUCUGUUGACUGGCCAGGUCCCGAGCACGGAGCAGGUUCGUGGGUUGAGUCGGACGCUGGCUGAGAAUGCCGGCAUUCCGGAGUUUAUCGAGAAGCUGCUCGAUAACUUGCCCACCACUUUGCACCCCAUGACGCAGUUUGCGAUCGCCGUUUCUGCGCUGAACCACGAUUCCAAAUUCGCAAAACUGUACGAGUCCGGAACACUCAAGAAGGCGGAUUACUGGGAGCCCACAUUCGACGACUCGAUCCAGCUGCUCGCCAAACUGCCCACCAUUGCCGCCAAGAUCUACCAGAACACCUACCUCGGCGGUGGAGCUUUGCCGCCGAUUGACCUGAACCAGGACUGGUCGCACAACUACGCAGCCAUGCUCGGAAAAGCCGACAAUGAGGGCUUCGUCGACCUUCUCCGAUUGUACCUCGCUCUCCACGGUGACCACGAGGGAGGAAACGUCUCGGCGCAUGCUACCCACCUCGUUGGUUCCGCACUCAGCGACCCCUUCCUGUCCUACUCCGCUGGUCUCCAGGGACUUGCUGGCCCGCUCCACGGACUCGCUGCACAGGAGGUCUUGCGCUUCGUCCAGAAGAUGCAGAAGAAGGUCGGCAACAACGCCACGUCGGCCGACGUCGAAGAGUACUUGUGGAGCCUCCUCAAGUCGGGUCAGGUGAUCCCGGGCUACGGCCACGCCGUCCUCCGCAAGCCGGACCCCCGCUUCGACGCACUCAUGGCCUUUGCCGAGUCGCGACCCGAGGUCAAGAAGAGCGAUGUGUUCAAGCUCGUCAAGAAGACCAGCGAGGUGGCGACCAAGGUGCUGACCGAGCACGGCAAGACGAAGAACCCGCAUCCCAACGUCGACUCCGCCUCGGGAUGUCUGUUCCACCACUACGGAAUCAACCACGAUCUGUACUACACUGUCACCUUCGGCGUGAGUCGUGGACUGGGACCGCUGGCGCAGUUGGUCUGGGACCGCGCGCUGGGUCUGCCCAUUGAGAGGCCGAAGAGUUUGAGCAUGGAUGCGAUUGUUAAGGCAGUUGGAAAGUAGGAGGGUUGGGCUGCUGGCAGUGGACUGUGGGAUCAAAAGUGUACUUGGUAUAUUCCCAGUAACAGAUCGUACUCUUGAGCAUUGCAUUUACAUAACUAUCUCUUUGAGCUCAUAUACCUGCUGCUAUGCCUUCCGCUGUCGUUGAUCGAAGAUAGUUCUUGUAGAUAGCCAUAAUCUUUCCACUGCCCCAAGUAUGUCCAUCUUCCUCCUCUAAGGCUGCGCCACUACGGUGGCUCAUGCAGCGGCCUGUGUCGUCAUUACGGGCAUUCAGCCCUCGGGGGGAGGUAGAGUAUGUAGUG